CACACACACACGCACACACACACAGAGAGAGAGUCAGUGAACUCCGCGAGCGUCUCUCGCGCUGUGGAUCGUCAGUCUCGCGCUCGGCGCGUGUGGAGAAGCAGCUGCGCCGCAUGCCUCCUCGAGGAGCGAUGUGAUUGACUCCUGCUCUUCUUUAGGAGAAACCGACGCUUCGAGACAGCAGGAGAACCGAGCCGAUCGGAACAGUUCCAGUGCGCGCGCGACACGCGCCGGACGCGGAGCGAUGGAUUCGUCAGCUCGGCGCUCGCGAGGAAACACAGAUGCGCUGUGGACCGGUGGCUUUAGCUCGACCUUGAGCUCUUGCAGCUGUGACUGAACAGAAAUUCCUUUAACACCGACCCGCCAGCGACCGCAGUUCCUCUCUAUCUCUUCUCACGGUCUCAAUGGCUAAUCUUCUGAGCUAUGUUUUGUUCCUGGCGCUCCGGACGUUUGCUGCCCCGCCAGAGUACAUCCAAGUGUGGCCCGGCGGAUCGACGUCAGCCCCAAGAGAUCCGGGCAACGAUACGGUCGGCCCUUCUUUAGUUCCCCCUCCAGGAACCAGCAAACACGCUCCGCACAGCAUCAUCAUCGGCGUGCGGAAAGGAGGCACCAGAGCGUUGCUGGAAAUGCUGGAUAUCCAUCCCGAAGUGGCGGCGGCUGCCACUGAAGUUCACUUCUUCGACUGGGACGAGAACUACGCCAAAGGCUUCGAAUGGUACCAAGACCAAAUGCCCUAUUCGUACCCAAAUCAGAUCACUGUUGAAAAGACGCCGGGGUAUUUCACGUCUCCAGUGGCACCUGCACGGAUUCACGCCAUGAACUCUUCCAUCAGACUCUUGCUGAUCUUGAGAGACCCGACGGAGAGAGUCAUAUCGGACUAUACGCAAGUCUACUUCAACCGCUUGGAGAACCACAAACCCGUACAGGCCAUCGAGAACAUGCUAGUCAAGAACGGCGCGCUAAACACGCGCUACAAAGCCAUCCAGCGCAGUCUCUACGACGUCCACAUGAGGAACUGGCUUCAGCACUUUCCUCUGGAGCAGAUCCACAUUGUGGACGGGGAUACGCUGAUCCACGACCCCUUACCGGAGCUCCAGCGAGUCGAGCGCUUCUUGGAUCUGCCGCCUCGGAUUGUGGCGUCCAACUUCUAUUUUAACCAGACCAAAGGCUUCUACUGCAUCCGCAGUGAUGGCCAUGAGAGAUGCCUGCACGAGUCUAAAGGACGCCCGCAUCCGCCUGUUAACAGCACUGUGCUGCGACAGCUGCGUUUGUACUUGCGCCAACACAAUCGGAACUUCUACCGGCUUAUAGGACGUACCUUUAACUGGCAGUAGUGGGAGGGGCUGGAAUUAGCCAAUCACAGCCCAGCUGAGGGACUGAUUGACAGCUGAUGCACCGUACAAACCACUCCCCCUCGGACACGUCUCUUAAAUGCCUUCCAGCUGCAUUUAAAGGGAAAGUUCACCCAAAAAUUCUAAUUCACUGUUAACGCUAUACAAGAUGUAGGUGAGUUUAUUCGUCAGUAGGACAGUAAAGAAGAUUUUUUGCUGAAAACGUGGUCCUUGGUGACUCAUAUAACGCAAGUCAAUGGCUUCCAGCACUUUAAGAGUCAAAAAAGCACAUACAGGCAACAUGAAAUGAAUCCCAGUGGCUCCUGACGAUAUAUUGAGGUCUUAUGAAGCGAAAUGAUUGGUCUGUGCAAGAAACUGAACAUUAUUUACAACAUUAUUACCUGUAAUCCAGACCCUCGGGCAAAUUGGGAAAUCUGAUUCUUUUCUGCGAACUGAUUCUUUUGGACAGAUUGUUUCAAUGAAUUGGUCCAAUUUGCUAGUUUGUUUACGCAAUCAUGCAAUGACGUAAAAUAUAUGCAAUUAUGUUAUUAAAGCACCCAAUAAUGAUGUGAAAUGUGGAUGGUUUACAUGUCUUAGGCACAUAAACGCAUGCACAUAUGAGCAGCUCAUCUGUCUUUGUUCCGAGUUGAACUGUUUCAAAAGAACCGGUUCAAAAGAAUGAUUCGUUUGUGAACCGGGCAUCACUCCGGACCGUUUGCCUGAGACUUAGGAUUACAGGUGAUAAUGUUUUAAAUCAUUUCACUUCAUACGAUCGCAGUAUAUCAUCAGUACUUGCUGGGAUUAAUUUCAUGUUGCCUGUAUGUGCUUUUGACUCUCAGUGUGACGGUAGCCAUUGACUUGCAUUUUAUGAAUCACCGAGGACCACGUUUUCAGCUAAAAAUCUUCUUCUAAAAAUCUUCUCGUUCUACUGAAGAAAAAAAGACAUCUACAUCUUGAAUGGCCUGAGGGAGAGUAACUUAACAGAACAUUUUCAUUUUUGGGUGAACUGUCUCUUUAAGACUUCAGAAUGAUCAUGCGUUCAAUCUGAAAUUGUAAGGAGUAAGAUAUUAAAACUGUGCUGUGGGGGAAUAACUUUGCUGUCAAGUGUCUUUGUCGUAACAAAGUUACCCGAGACAAAUCUGAGUCUUUUUUUUUCUCUCUCUCACUAUUUGUUUGAUAUUCUUGUACUUGAUAAUAAAUGGUUCUGCUUCCGAAAUGG